AUGGGAAUCACUAGCCCAUUCAAAGAUCAAUCCCUCUCCCUCACCAAGAGACUUCUUCCUUGGACCCUUUAUGCUCUUCUUCCCAUAGUUCUACUUCGGUUAUACUUCUACCCUCUACCCUUCCCUCCAUCUCCAGAAACCGACCUUCCCAACUCCGCCCCUAUCACCAUCAUCUCCCACUCUUCUCUUUCUGCUUCUGCGCCUUCUUCUCCAGAAAAGGAAAAAAUUUAUGAGAACCCAUGUGAUUACUUUGAUGGCAAAUGGAUUCGUGACAAGAGAGGCCCUUUGUACAAUGGUACAACCUGUGGUACAAUCAAAGAAGGCCAGAAUUGCGUAACACACGGAAGACCUGACUCUGGGUAUCUUUACUGGAGAUGGAAACCAAGUCAAUGCAAACUCCCAAGGUUUGAGCCUCAAACUUUUCUCCAACUCAUUAGCAACAAGCAUGUAGCUUUUGUGGGGGACUCUAUGGCAAGGAACCAAUUAGAGUCCCUCCUUUGCAUGUUAGCCACUGCUUCAACCCCUAACCUUGUCUACCGGAAUGGCGAGGACAACAAAUUUCGGAAGUGGUAUUUUCCUUCUCACAAUGUGAGUGUCUCUUUGUAUUGGUCCCCAUUUCUUGUGCAAGGUGUUGAAAAGUCCAACUCAGGGCCAAAUCAUAAUAAGUUGUAUUUGGAUCAUGUUGAUGAGAGGUGGGCAAGGGAUAUGGAUCAAAUGGACUUGAUUGUGUUGUCAAUUGGGCACUGGUUUUUGCAUCCUGCAGUGUACUAUGAGGGUGGUUCAGUUUUAGGAUGUCAUUACUGCCCUGGCCUUAAUCACACUGAAAUUGGGUUUUAUGAUGUGUUAAGAAAGGCCCUAAGGACUACCCUUAAUAGCAUAAUCGACAGGAGAGGGAGUAAAGGCUAUGGAACUGAUAUAAUUGUGACAACAUUUUCACCUGCACAUUUUGAAGGUGAUUGGGAUAAGGCUGGUGCUUGUCCAAAGACCAAGCCUUAUAGAAAAGGUGAGAAGCAACUUGAAGGGAUGGAUGCUGAUAUGAGAAAGAUUGAGAUUGAAGAAGUGGAAGAUGCCAAGACAAAAGCUAAUAAUCUCGGAGGGAUUAUUAGGUUGGAGGCAUUGGAUGUAACCAAAUUAGCACUAUUGAGACCAGAUGGCCACCCAGGUCCUUAUAUGUAUCCUUUUCCAUUUGCUAAUGGGCAUCAAGAGCGUGUGCAGAAUGAUUGUGUUCACUGGUGCUUGCCAGGUCCUAUUGACACAUGGAAUGAGAUUUUUCUGGAGUUCAUGAAGAAGUGGGCGGAACACCCUAGGAUUGAAGAGUGA